AUGGGAAGGUGCAUUGUGACUUCAUCUCCCAAAUGGUUUGGUGUAUUAAAAUUAAAGCAUUUUUUUUUUUUUUUGCAGAAAGAUGAUUUUGGGAGAACAAGGGAUUGCUGGGGAUGCCAGUCUGAAACUCCAUCCCAUUCUACAUGCAGCAAUGCAGAUAUUAUCAGGCUGAUACAUACCAUGUUGGGCGAAUUUCUGGACGCCGCUGCUGUUCAUACCCCUCCCAAGUCCAAUGGUAAAUGUGACCCCCUGCAGGACUUACCAAAGACAGAGGGAACUACAGCCAGCAGAAUGUUCUUCCCUACAGCCCAAGAUCCAUUCCCUCGUGGCCCUCCUGACACAAAUAGAUGCCUUGGUCUGCAUUCUCUCGGCCUGACUGGUUUGGACAGAGUGUGGGGCACUCUGGACAUUAAUGCUACUGAGCAGUCCAGCACACCAUCAGUAACCAAGUCAGCUUUCGACCUACUCAAUAACGCUCCAGGAAAUCCACCACUUCUUGGCUCCUGGCCACUGGAUCCCAUUUGCUCAGACAUGGUAGAGAAAUGCCCUUCCGAGAUGAUGUAUAGCUCCCGAGUAAACAACCGUUUGAUUUUAGAAUCUCGUUCCAGCAGCCCCUCAAGUACUGAGACAAGUGGGUUCAGCUCUGGCUCAGAAUAUCUUGCUGACAGGAUUUCUGGUGUGCGGAUUUCUCCCCCUCCACCAUCCCAGCCUUCAGGAGAUGGUGUAUCUCAAGACCUUUUGAGGAUGGGCAGUGGCCCAAGUUGGGUUCUAGACAAUGCUUUAGCAGCUGCUUCCAACAUGGAGAUGUCCAACAGAUGGCCAGGCCCCACUGUCUGGCCGUCCUGGAACCUUUUACAAUCGGAAGAUGAUCCAUUUAGCAUUGAAAGGGAAGCUCGACUGCACAAACAAGCUGCAGCUGUAAAUGAACCAGCUUACACAUGGUCCGGGCACCUACCUCCUCGCAACAAGAAUCAGGUUUACUCCUGCAAGGUGUUUAUUGGUGGCCUUCCCUUCGAUAUGACAGAGUCAUUCCUGGUAAAAACAUUCAGUGUGUUUGGUGCUGUGAGUGUGGAGUGGCCUAGUAAGCGGGAUUAUUAUCAAGAUUUUUCUCCUGCAGGUAAUAUUCCUAAAGGCCAUGCAUAUCUAGUUUUUGAGUCGGAGAGGUCGGUGCGAGCACUACUCCAUUCCUGCACCUUGAAUUUGCAAAGAUAUGAUGAGCCAAGUGAACGCUACUACAGAAUGUCAACUCAAAGAUUUCGCAACAGGAAGAUACAAAUCAUUCCUUGGGUGCUGGCAGACAGCAGCUUUGUACUCAGUUCAGCACAUCACGUGGAUCGCACCAGAACGGUGUUUGUUGGUGCAUUGCAUGGCAUGCUAAUUGCUCAAGGCCUCGCCUACAUAAUGAAUGACCUAUUCGGUGGAGUGGUCUACGCCGGCAUUGAUACUGAUAGGUACAAGUACCCGAUUGGUUCUGGACGCGUCAUUUUCAACAACCAGCACAGUUACCUUAAGGCGGUGAGUGCGGGUUUUGUGGAAGUAAGAACUUCAAAAUUCAUCAAGAAGAUUCAGAUUGACCCGUACCUGGAGAACUCUAUGUGCCAGGUUUGCAGUAUACAGCCAGGUCCAUUUUUCUGCAGAGAUAAGGUUUGCUUCAAGUAUUUCUGCCGUUCCUGCUGGCACUGGCAGCACUCAGUGCAGGUAAUGCGUCGCCACUGUCCGCUCAUGCGCAACUAG